UUGUAAAUUUGUCAAAGUCAAUUGCUCCCAAUUUUCAAUCAGCUGUCGGUUUUGUCGUGAUAAAUGACUAGUAACAAAAUUAAACAAAAUGCGUUGUGGUGAAUGAAAGUGUAUUUGUUCCGUGGGCUGCUGGUCGAAUAGCUAAGCUUCAGAGCGUUAGUUGUAUCGCGGGCUGCUCUAUGCGGUGUGCGAUGGCGUUGCGUGGGGAGUAGGGGCGGGCGCGGUUCGGAGGAGCAGGCAUGCGGCGGUAUGGCGGGCGAGGCUGCGGGCACGUCGCGAGGGUUGCGCGUAUACAAGAUCGUGGUACUGGGCGACGGCGGGGUCGGCAAGUCUGCGGUCACACUCCAGUUCGUCAGCCACAGUUUUUUGGACUACCAUGACCCAACCAUAGAGGACUCCUAUCAACAACAAGCAGUAAUUGAUGGAGAACCAGCACUGCUGGACAUUCUGGAUACAGCUGGUCAGGUGGAGUUCACUGCGAUGCGGGAGCAGUACAUGCGUUGCGGGGAAGGCUUUGUGCUGUGCUACUCGGUGACGGACCGGCGAUCGUUCCGCGCUGCCGCCGAGUACAGGAGGCUGCUGGCGCAGGCGCGUCCCUCCGAGAGGCUCCCACUCGUGCUGGUUGGAAACAAACUUGACCUAGCUCCGAGACUUAGACAGGUAACGACCGAGGAAGGCAAGGAGCUGGCCACACAGCUGGGGUGUCCGUUCUACGAGACUUCGGCGGCGCUAAGGCACUUCGUCGAUGACGCAUUCCACGCACUCGUCCGAGAGAUACGGCGCCUAGAGAGACAGAGACAGUCGUCAAUAAUGGGCGGGGUGUCGACCACGGGGGGUGGGCGGCGAAGGUGGCGCCGGCUCCGUAGCAUUUUCGCCCUUGUCUUCCGCAGGAAGCGUAGACACCAGCACUCCUCGCCGUGAGCGUGCGUCAUUCUCCAAACGGAUACCGUCGCAAGCCGCGACUCGCGACCUCCCGUGACAGGCGACGAAGCCUCAAUGAUUUACAUUUUUCAAGUUUCAGUUUUUCUAAUAAAUUAAAAUCGACGAGAUAGUCAUUGUGAUAUAUUUUCAGAAGUUGUACGGUUAUAAAAAAUAAUUUUUUUUUUGUUAAAUUGAGAUUGUAUUUACAGAGAAAAAAAAUCGCCUAGUGAAAUGUAUGAGCAAUAUUAAAAUUUGGUGCAUAUGUUAUUUAUUAGUCAACAGAAGUGUUCUUCAGAUUUAAUAUAUAAAUUUAAAAAAAAUAUUAUUAUUUGAGUCUACCGAAAAGUUUUUGAGCGCAUAUGAAAAAAAACGAGAGUCUAAAAAUUACGUACCGAGUAUAAAGGAUUCGUUAUUUUAUUUAUCGGUGUUGCCAUAAUCUGAAUGAUGAUUCGAGUGGCCAUUUAUGUGUUCUAUAAAAUUUUAUGCAUUUAUAAUUUUUAAAACAGGAAUAAAAUUGAUAAGACAGUGUCUUUAAUUUUACAGAUUAUACAAUAAGGGAAAGAGAGAAUUAAAAAAAAACGACUAUAUGACCACGAGUGUAUUAUGUGAUAAACAAGCGUAUGACAAAAAAAAACCUCACGCGUAAUUCUCGUUGAGAAGUAUUGAAUUGAAUUAACUUAGCUGUUAAUGUAGGUGCCUGACCUUCAACGAAUAUGCCACAACCCUCUACCUCUAAAUGAUUCCUAUAUAUAAAGUUAAAUCGUCGUUUAGAACCUUCCUGUAGAAUGUUUAUCGUAGUUAAACUUUAAGGCCUACGAAAUAAGACCCCUUUUUAAUUGACAAAAUUAAUUUACUAUACGACCAAUUUAAAGAAAAUUAUCCACAGAAUAAUAAUUGGUGGCAAUGUAAAAAAAUUAUUCAGUGAUUGAUUGUCUUUGGAAUUCUGAUGGAAUGUCAAAGGGAUUUUUGCGAAGAACAUGUAAACCGAAAUUUGCUAUAAAUACAAGACACGUAAAAAAUAAUGUAAUAGUAAAAAUAAUGAGGUAAAUUGAAUUCGCACGGAUCGAUACCGUCCUUCUACGUACUUCAAUCGCGAAGCAGUUUGUCAAAAUGUCGGCCGCUUCCAAAAAAUAAUUAAGUUUUUGAUCUCGACUCUAUGGCUUUUCAUAAAUUCAUAACAUUUGACAGCAAAUUAAGAAUGACAGAAUGAUGCGUUGAGCCUCAUUGGUCGAUUUCAAUUCGCGAUUGGUUACGUCACGGCUUAUGACAAAUGUUAUUGGCUUAAAAAAGUUAAUGUGUAGGUAUCGAAGUAAAAUUUAUUAUCUGUGGAUAGUUUUCUUUAUUCGAUGUUGCGGUGUAAUAAAAGCUACUUAGAUUCUACAUAGUGUUUCAUCCCGCUCGCACCCCGUAUUGCGAGAGUAGGAUAGAUGUCAGUAAGGGCCAAUUACCGUAUUUAGUGUUAGUACGAAAAGUGAUUGAGAUAAUUUUUGAACUUAAUAGUCAUGCCUUAGUAUCAGACUUAAUUUUAGAUUUUAAUUGAAGUUGUACUUAAAAAUAUUUUACGAGAGAGUUAUUUAUUAUGUUAUUCGUUAAUAUUAUUCGUGAAAUGCGGUAGGAAAAUGUGAUUUGAUAAAGGUUAUGUGUUUUUUUUUGUUUUUGUUUUGUUCUGUGAUUAAAUGUUUGAGUUUUAUCUAGGCGUUUACAUAAUGUUCAAGUUAUUUUAAUAGUUAUCAUUUAUCGACGGUCCAUACGUUUAAAAAGAAGAGUUUAAGUAUUUUUAUUUUUAAAAUUGAUUCACUCUAUAUAUAAAAUUGAAGAUGACAAUUCACGAUACUAUUUCCUUGACGAAAAGGGUGUUUAAAAAAACAACACUAAAUUAUGUGUUUAUAUUUAAACUUUAAAAUUUACAACAUAAUAUUUUUUUAGAUUGAAGCGAGCCGUAGACAUAAUUAAGAUUACUUUUAUGGUUUAAUCUCGUGUUUUUUUUAUUGUCAUUAUAUAAUUUCCGAUGUUUCCAAUAGUUCACAAUUUAUGUGGUCACAGACGAGCAAAGUGUUUGUUCAUAUCGACGGAAGGAAGCGAAAAUGUCGUAACUUGAAAAAGCCAACAUUAUACCAAAGCCAUAAAUCUAUGUAUUUAUAUUAAUAUAAUCAGAAAGGCUUUAGAUACCACACCAUACCAAUUUUCAAUUUCUACAAUAUAAAUAUACUAUCUAUAUACUCUAUAUAUUAUAUGACAUGAAUUUUUGAAAUAGUUUUAAUGCUCUGUGUGCUUAGUGCGAGUUUUUUAACGUUCUCGAUAGCGUAAAAGUUAACACCAAUUUGUAUGAAGUUGGAACAGCGCCCCUAGCGGCAAACGCAGGCAAAAGUUCCAACUCCAUACAAAUUUGAAUAAAAAACUCGCAAUAAGCACACUGGUGUAAAGUUGGCUUUUUCAGUUACAACUAUUUCACUUUCUUCCGUCAUUAUUAGUAACCGCGCAAUUAGUUUGCAUAAUACUCAAAUGUCGGUGAAUAUUUAUUUAUAAAUUUUCUUUGUACGAAUGGACCGUCGAUAUUCAUGCAUAAUACUAAAACAAAAAAUAAAAUGUAAUUGAACUUAAAAUAACGUACCUGAUUCUUGUUAGAUUCGCAAGCCACAGAUCGCUGUGGGAAUAUUGAUGAUCUUGAACUGUUUUUUUAUAUAUAAAUACGAUCUAAGCAAAAAAUAAAAAAAAUCGUAGGUCAAUGACGUCAUUAAUACGGUAGCCUUAACACAUUCGCUGCUAUGUGUCCUACCGUCAAUCAGUGCAUGGGUAAUUUUAUUCCAUUAUCAUAUUUAAAACGUUCCUUGCCCCGGUACUGCUAUGAGGGUUAUCGGGGAACUAAUCCAAUCCCUGUAGUCUAAAUUGACUUUUAGUUUUAUGAUCGAUUGUUUGUCGUCAAACAUCCAAGGCAAUUAUUGGUUGUCAUUGGCAGUCAAGUCAUGGAUAGUGAAGUCAAGGAUAGUCAAGUCAUGGAUAGUCAAGGUAGUCAUUGUUGAGAAGGAUUUGGUUUGGAUAAGUCGUCGGUGCCGCGUACCUUGUAACCCUUGUAAUAAUUGCACUUAACACAUUAUACAAUUCGUCUUCUCACAUUAGAACUGUAUAAUCUCAAAACUUACUAGACUUUACAGGAGAGUGUUUUAAUAUUUUUAAUAUUAAUCAUCUUUGCAACAUUCAUUUUGUAGUUUUUACCAAUUACAUUAUCUGUCUUUUAAAGUAAGAUAAAAUUAUGUAUUAAUUUUGUUAAUAGUAGUCAAAAUAUAGGUAAACUAAAAAAAAACAAAAAACUAAAAUUAAAAUACGCUUAAAACGCUCUUUUGACUGUAUUUAUGAGUAAAAUACUGGUGAUACCAAAUGAUUCUGCAUAUUAACUCAAUUUCGAAUAUUUUUGGAAAUUGUACACUUAAUGCGAAAAGACGAAAAUAAAAUAAAAUUUAUACUUCACACACGGGUUAAUGAACUCACGUCUCAUCCGUUGUUAAUUGGUUAUCGAGGCUCAGAUUUCAAAACGUCAUAACUACCACUCACAACCACCAUCGCCAACCGCCUUAAAGCCUAAAGUUGUGUGAGGACAUUACUUAAUACCUACUAACACAUAACGCAGUGAACGUGUUAAGAAUUAAAGUCCACAUGACCAAUGCUUGUUUUUUUGUUUUUCUUGUUCUUUCAUGUUGAGUUUAUUGAAAAUGAUAAAUACGUUUUUCACGUUACCAAUACGUUUAGAUUUAGAUGUAACAAUUAGUAUUGUACAAAAAACGAGGCCUCAGAAACAUUUUUAUGCUUAGUAAGGAUGUCUUCCGCAUCGUGGAAUCCAUAAGAGCAAUAAUAAAUUAUAUAUUGUAGUACGUAUGUAUGUAUGUAUACAUUGAAUAUUUUGGAGUGUUUUUAAUUUUUAUUUAAAUUCAGUUCCUUUUUACUUAAUUCAAAUAUGUAAACAGAUUUGAAUAAAUAUCGUGCGUUCAUAUUAAGCAACCCUAUUUCUAUAAGUUGCAGUGGUAAUUAUUUAUGGAUCCGAUCCUUACGUAAGGAACUGUAUUUAUUUAUUCACAAUUUCUUCGAAUUACGAAUUGAACGCGGCAGAAACCGCCGCGCCAGUCAUGUUUCAAUAUUAAAAGUGAAUGUAAUAUUGUCAAAAAUAACAUUGAAAAUUGGUACGUGCAGAUUGAAAAUGAAUGUUUUUGUGUAAAAAAAGGAACUGAAUUUAAUAUGUUGAAAUAACAAUAUUAAUAUUAUAUUUAAUCGUAUAGAGUUUAUUGUAGAUGUUUUAUCCGUAUAGAUUUAAAUGAACACGUCAUAUUGUCAUUUUACAACAAAAAAUGUUUCAUACAUUGUAAGGGGGUAAUUUAAUGGAAAGGUUUCAUAAAAAAAAAAAACAUGGCAGCUUUGCGAAUUGUCUCCUAUGGUUCAAUAUAAUGAAAUGAGAGUACAAUUAAAAUAAAAGGAUUAGUGAGAUGUACAUAUAUAGACCUCUACGUUCAUCUGUAAGACAGAAAACAGCAAUAAAUUUUUAUUGAAAAUUAUAAAAAAUAUAUUUAUAAUAAUAUAUAUAUUUAUUAGUGUCGUGAUUGUGUGUGUGUGUGUGUGUUAAAUAUCGGGUAUUUUACGUCAUUUCGUGUUAUGAAAUGUUACAUUAUGUCAUCUUUUAAAUAUAUACAGUCUACAUCGGUAGAUAGCGGCUUUUUGGUAGGCAGGGGCUUGGCUCUGCCUUUGGUAUUGCCAUCACCAUCAGGUGGACCGUGUGCUCGUCUCCCUACAAUCUUCUUCUUUGUCUCCAUCAUAUUCCACUAGGUGGGGUCGGCACAGCGAAUUUUCCUAUUCCAUUCUCUUCUAUCAGCCGUUAUCUCAACACUCAUUCCUUCUCUCUUAUAUCAAGUAAUUAUCAAAUUUUGAAGAUUUUCAGCCUUAUAGUAAAAAUAAAACACGGCUAAGUCAUACCAAAGAGUUUGCUUACGACGAGCCGUGUUCGAAUAUUUUUACUGGUGGUAGGAAUUCUUGUGAGUCCGCACGGGUAGGCACCACCACAUGAAGCAAUGAAUUUCGGUUUGAAGGGUGGGGCAGUCGUUGUACUAUACUGAGACCUUAGAACUCGUGUCAACAAUGUGCGUGGCGGCAUUUACGUUGUAGAUGUCAAUGAGCUCCGGUAACCACUUAACAUCAGGUGGCCCGUGAGCUCGUUCAUUAACAUAUGAAAUAAAAAAAUAAAAUAUAAAUUACAUUGACAUUGUUCUAUCUCUUUGAAUGAAAAAGUAAAAAUUGAUUCAGCUUUAGUGGAGAUUUGUGGAAAAAUUUAUAGGCGUACAACAAUCGUGUUUCUGAUUUAUAGACAAGCUGAAUAGACUGCUACGUCGUAGCACACAGAAUAUCCACAAACAACAUCAGAUCACUACUCUUGAGGCAUCUAUUCUAUUUAAUAAGUGUUCGUUAGAUCUCUAAUAUAUUUCUAGAAGGGAACCCCCCGAUGAACAAUAGUAUCUCGAAAGAGAACACGCUGUAUGUAAUGCUUCAUUUCAUAACACGGUAUCCGGUAACGUUUUGACUAAAUGUAUGGAGUUUACAAUUGUAUAUUAGGUCGAUACGCACAAAUUUAUAGUGUAGUGGUUUUUGAACGUGAGAAUUGUUCGUAUUUUUUCUGGAAUUGUGAUUUGUCGAUGAAGAUUGAAAAAAAGAUGACAUUGUUAUUUAGACGAACUUAGGUUAUUUGAUAAUCGGUUUGAUAAUAAUUCGCCAUUCAUACACUCGAACUCUUCACAUUUAACUAACGAUAUAAGAUAUAUACGAUACCGCACUAAUGUAUCCAUCCUCAAAGAGCUCCAAAUCAAACAAAGGCUUUCGUCGAUUGUGCAAUUGCGAAUCCUUAAUACGUUUGGACAUAUCAUUCGUAAUGAAAGCUCAUUGGAACGUUUAGUGGUUCAAGGAAGAGUAGACGGUCAACGCUCCGCGGCCAAUCAUCCACAAUGUGGACAGACUUGGUUAAGUUAUCUACGAAGUGUUCCCUUACUGUACACGUACCGUCACAAAUAGAGAGAGAUGGAGAAGUCUCUCAAAAGCCAAAACCCAGCAAUAAGACAUACGUAACCACGACCACUCCGCCACGAGUGUACGACUGAGAAGAAUAAGCUAUAUCAUUUGACGAUUCAGAAAUUCUUGUAAAGUUAGUAAAAUGGUUGAAGUUUUGACACAUUGAAUGAGAAGAAUAAGCUAUAUCAUUUGACGAUUCAGAAAUUCUUGUAAAGUUAGUAAAAUGUUUGAAGUUUUGACACAUUGAAUGAGAAGAAUAAGCUAUAUCAUUUGACGAUUCAGAAAUUCUUGUAAAGUUAGUAAAAUGGUUGAAGUUUUGACACAUUGAAUGAGAAGAAUAAGCUAUAUCAUUUGACGAUUCAGAAAUUCUUGUAAAGUUAAUAAAAUGGUUGAAGUUUUGACACAUUGAAUGAGAAGAAUAAGCUAUAUCAUUUGACGAUUCAGAAAUUCUUGUAAAGUUAGUAAAAUGUUUGAAGUUUUGACACAUUGAAUGAGAAGAAUAAGCUAUAUCAUUUGACGAUUCAGAAAUUCUUGUAAAGUUAGUAAAAUGGUUGAAGUUUUGACACAUUGAAUGAGAAGAAUAAGCUAUAUCAUUUGACGAUUCAGAAAUUCUUGUAAAGUUAGUAAAAUGGUUGAAGUUUUGACACAUUGAAUGAGAAGAAUAAGUUAUAUCAUUUGACGAUUCAGAAAUUCUUGUAAAGUUAGUAAAAUGGUUGAAGUUUUGACACAUUGAAUGAGAAGAAUAAGCUAUAUCAUUUGACGAUUCAGAAAGUCUUGUAAUAAAGUUAAUAAAAUGGUUGAAGUUUUGACACAUUUGAAUUGGAGGAAACUUAAACUACGCACUGUGUUGAAUAAUUAAUGUAGCCACAAUAAACUAGACGCUAUAUUGUAUGGGGUUAGAGAGAGAAAGAGAGAGAGAGAAUACACUUUAUUGCACACCAACACAAUUUACAUAAAAAAAAAACAGUCAAAAAGCACAUACAUUUGUACAUAACUGACUGAAAACUGGACGUUACUGAUUGAAAACGAGACAAGGAUUCGACAAAUCACAUUACCAUGAAACUAAUUUGGCAGGUUGUUACAUAACUACAAGACAGUGUCAAAAUAGGGUACUUGUCGUUUUUCGAUGUAUUUGUAAACGAUUCGAGCUAAACUAUUUAAAAUUUAACGUCUAUCUAUAAUCUUAGUAGACUUCAGAUAUACUGAUUCAGGUUUCUGUACUUUACUGUAGCAAUUUAUAGUAAGCAAAUUAAUUAGAAAGUUUUGUUCUGCACUAUUAUCUACGUCAUAUAAAUAUCGACGCUUUAAAGGCAAACGUGACUAAGCGACAAUGCGUGAACUUUACAGUAGACUAAUUUAAAGUUGAAAUACCUGAUAAAAAAUUAUAUUUUAACGAAUCUAGCUGUAGGACUGAAAUGAUUUUAAUAGACCUAGAAAUCUUUUUUUUUGCUCAUCGAAUAUGGUAUUGUCCAUCAUUUAUGUAUAAAGCAGUUAUUGUCGCUUAGUCACGUUUGCCUUUCAAGCGUCGAUAUGAACUUACAAAACGAAGCAAUUAUAUAUUUACAUUUAUGAUAUUAUUGACAUUUUUGAGUAUUGCAAAUUGCUCUGUAUUUUUGAAGACGUAGUAGGUCUUGAAUCAGUGUAUCACGUGUGUUUCUAGCUUAAAAAUUACAAUAUUGUUUGAAUAAAUUGCAUAUAAAUUUAGAGUUCAAAUUGGAACUGUAGAUUCUAACUCUAGUCAUGACCUUCCCGUAGUCGUUAGAAUGAUGUUUCAUGUUAGCUUUCAAAUUCAUUUGUAAAUUGAAUUACAAAAUAUGUAUUUUUCGUAGUGUAUUUAGUAAUAAAAACGAUUUUAGAAUUGUAAUGGCAAAUAUAUAGUCGAUAGGUUUUUUUGGACAGAUAUAAUUUUAACUGCUCACCACUGAAAAGUACAUGGCGACAAGGCUCUUUAUAGACAUUAUUAAAUUAUAUAUAUUUUUUGCGUUACAACUAUUCAGAUAAUAAUAACUAUACAAUAUUUUAAGAUAGUUAUAUACAUAUUUUCCUUUUUUUUAAACAAAUUACAGCCCUAGAGGCCAGUAAUCUAGAUAGGCAUUGACUGAUCAAUCUUAGAGUCGCAGUCAAUAUCAACUUACUGAUUGGUGAAAAGUACAUUGCAACAAGGCUCUUUAUAGACAUUAUUAAAUUAUAUAUAUAUAUUUUGCGUGACAACUAUUCAGAUAAUAAUUACUAUACAAUAUUUUAAGAUACAUAGUUGUAUAUUUUCCUUUUUUUUAAACAAAUUACAGCCCUAGAGGCCAGUAAUCUAGAUAGUCAUAGACUGAUCGAUCUUAGAGUCGCAGUCAACAUCAACUUACUGAUUACCUUUUAUAUUCGUUGUCUAUGUACAAUUUUAGAUAACAUUUCUGGGAUCAUCCAAACGAAACCUAUGCAACCUUUUUCGCUCAAAUUGUAAAGGAAAAAGAAAUGACAAGAUGGCGGCUUGAUACGUUUAUAAAGAUCCUUGUCACACAUUGCAGUAGAGUAGGAAAAUUAUAGAAAUUAUAUUGAUAACAGCAAUCAAUGAAACCAAAAUGAUCUCUGUCGAAAUGUAUCUACACUAAAAGAUUUAAAUUUUUGAAAUUCGAUUUACAAAUGGAUUGUAUGUAUAUUGUGUUGUGUAGUGUUGUAGUGCGUGUUGGUAUUUCGGAACCAAACCUCGAUUAUUAGCGUUGGCAACAAUGUUCAGCUGGACUGGCCUAAUUCGUAACGUAUGUUGCCCCGUAGACUUUACGUAGGCUUAGAAUAUUAGUUAAUAACUCGUUAAUUUGUGAAAUCAAAAGUUUUAGUUUAGUAAUUAUGGAACCCAGUUUUGAAUAUUAUAUAAUUUUGUUGCCAUAUUAAUUGUGUUUGAAUAUUUUUUCCCAGUUUUCGUACAGUGAUAUGUUGAGAAUGACUCAGCUCUUAGAGAAAUCGCAUUGAUCGUUAUCCUUUACGAUUAUACCAAUACAAUUUGUUGGUUACGUGUAUGGUAUAUGUCAGGAUUAUUUGCGGUUAUUAAUAGUCAAUAAUUAGCAGUGUAAUGACUAUGUUACCAUAGGAACAAGUAUUGCCAACAAUUAAAAUUAUAUAUUAGAUCAAUACCAACAUGCGCCUUUAAGUAUAAUUAAAAUGAUGGCAAAAGUAGGAUCUUUGUGUACCAAAAAUGUCUCCGUCAGAAAGCUAUAAAGAUUGGCGCCACUGUACAAAGAGGGAAUUUCUUAUUUUUCUCUCAUUUGAUUGGGAAGCUGAAUAAACUAAAUUAAACAAAGAAAAUAGGAUAAUUGCUUACGUUAAUUUCGUCAUUAACUCUAGUCGUUAAUAUGUACAAUAUUUUAAUUAAGAAUAUUUCAGUUGCAUUAUAAUAGCUAUGUUCAUACUAAGCCCGAAUAAUAAAGUAAACUCAUUAAAAUUUUGUGAUAGACAUUUUUUGGGUUUGAUUCCUAUUUGAGAUUCAUAGCUGAAAGUUUUAUUGUUAUAAAUAGACAUAUUAUUAUGUAAAAUGUCUUUUUUUGUAUUAUUCCAAAUAUUAAAAUGAUUAUAUACUAAAAAUCAUUAAUUAUUGUUAAAAACCCAUUAUAAGUAAUUUAUAACUUUUUUUAUUUCAUAAAUAAUAUGGUUAUAAUAUAUGUUGUACAUUGUAUAAAUUAUUUAACAUCCUUUUUUAAUUAUUAAAUAUAUUUUACUUAGGUUUAUAAAAUGAUAUGACUGUUUUGUUAAAUUCUAUUAUAUUUCUAUUAUAUUCUA